UAUGGUCGUUAGUGUUAUCAAGUGAAAAGUACAAGCAUCUACAUGUUCAAAGAAAUCGAAAACAUUGAAAAAGGUCAUCGUGACAAUCCACAUGACUAAACGUACGAUGAUAUUUUGGGUAAAAUUGUUGCUCGUCUACCGUAUGUGAUUCCCCGUCGAUGCAAUAUCUUUUUUACUUACUAUUAGGUAAAAAAGUGACACAAUCGAUCGAAUUGGACAUUACUAAUAAGCACUAAUAACACUUUAAUAAAUAAUAUAAAUGGCAGUUACAGUGAGCCUUGAUCAGUCAAAUUUUAAAAAGAAAUGACAGGCUAAAGUUUUUUUAAUAUUCUUUUUGGAUUUUAAGCAAAUUAUAUAAUGAAAAAAGGUUGUAACGUCGACACGGGUGAGCUAAAAACAGUUGCACCAGAUCCACGAUGGCCUCAACAAAAUCAAACUUACGCAUGUUUCACAAUGUUUACAGACUACCACAGAUGCAUUAGACUAUUAAGUGAAAAGCACGAUACUUGUGAAUAUUUUCGAUAUUGCUAUGAACGAUUGUGCCCUAAUGCGUGGGUAGACAAAUGGUGUGAGCAACUACAAGAAAACACAUUUCCAUUCCCACUCCCCAAGCCUUGCAACAAGAAGAAAAAGUGAUUUUUUAAAAAUGUUUAUACCCUAUUAAACAAUCAGUGGUAAGAUAUUUAAAACAUAAUGUAUACAUGAACAUAUAAUAAAUUGUUAAAAGUA